AUGAACACUGAUAACACAAAAACCAUAAAUCCGAAACAGAAGCAACAAAAUUUAUCAUUAUUUGAAUCUCCCUCAUUGGCUUAUUCAAAUGAUAACUCUUCUUAUAAUAUCCCUCUUACACCUCCCUCUAAAAACUCCCAAGAAGACAGCUUAUUUUCCCAUCGAGGGUUUUCAUCCCCAAAAGUUGUCAAAGCAGCCCACAAUAUUAUAGAGUCGCCAGUCUGCAUAAGGAAGCUUUCAUUUGAUAGAAAAGAACCAAGAAUAGUGAUUCUGAACAAGAGACCGAUUUCAUCUAAUUUAUUGCUUGAUUCGCCACGUAACACUGGCGAAACUGAAAUUUAA